AUGCUAUUUCUUGAAGUGGCCUUCAUCAUUCAUAGCUACAUCACCGCUUCCGUGGCCCUCCUCGUCAACGGCGCGUUGAUGUACGCCGUCUGCACGCGGACACCGCCCGAGCUAAAAGCUUACGGGGCCCUGAUUUUUAAUAUAGUGCUCUCCGACUUUCUGGUGGCCCUUUUCAACCUUUGGCUACAGCCGCUGCCGGCCAGCUCGGCGAAUGAGAUCUAUCGCCCGGAAGGUGAUUCCGGGAUAUCUUACGUGAUUAUGGGGCCUGUUGUGUAUUUUAUCCACCCACACACGAAUCACGGGCUGACCUGUAUUUUUAUUGGACUUAUCCUCUACUCCGUACUAACCGUCCCGAUCUCGUUCGUCGCUCGCUACCUACUCAUUUGCCAUCCGGAGCUGUGUAGUAAAUUUCAGAAAGGGCCGAAAAAACGCUCCGCAGACCCCGCUAAAAAACUGGAUGGCUGCCCGGGCACGGCGAUUUACGUUGAAAAGUCCGUUGCCUGUGAGACUGAGCAAGAAACUACCACAUCCACAAUGGCCUUCCAAUUCAUCCGCAAGCUAUCCAUGCGCAAAAAGUCGCACGUCGUGCACGAGCACAAAAAAUGCUCCGCCGCCAGUUCGACUUCAUCACUCGCCUCGCAAAGCUCCGAAAAACUCACCGCCGAACUCGCGAAUCUGGUCGUUGAUCAGCUGUCCGUUUUCGCAAAGUUGCGGUUGAAACGAAUUAGCCGUGAUGUUCAUCAUUUGGUUGAUCAGGUCUCUCGCCUGGUCGUCUCCAAGGCUUCCCUCACCGACUGCUGCCCCUCGCAGGGCUGGGAGCGCAAGAAGGACGCCCAGAUCGCCAUCCGCCUAAUCGGCGACACGGUCGAGAUUGUCGUUGACGAAAAGUGGACAAGCCGCGACGUCGAAUGCGUCGUCUCGCUGAUGGCGUUGUUCCGUGAAAACGUCGUCACCGCCCAGAUUGACGCGCCGAUCGCCGAAUUGGUGAGUUUUACAGUUAUUAACGUAGUUACG